AGGCAUCCCGUGCAGGCCGGGUGACGCGCUCCGCAGCUGCAGCAGUUGUUGGCACCCCGGUGCCCGGCCGAAGGGUUUGGAUGGUGGUGGCAUGCGGCCUCCUGCCACCCAGCUGCAGCGGGAGACAGGUCUUCCCUAGCGAAAUGCAGCCUCACCCGGUUCGACCACCGAAGAAGUUAUUUUCCUCUCGGAGCCAGUAGCAGUGCUGGCGUGGUUUCGGCGACUCCUGGGGAUAUGUGGUGCACACCCUACACUCUAGAGAACUGCUUUCCACAGAACCCAGGGACACCAUGAAGUCUAAUCCUGCCAUCCAAGCUGCCAUUGACCUCACGGCAGGGGCCGCAGGGGGCACAGCAUGUGUCCUGACUGGGCAGCCCUUCGACACGAUGAAGGUGAAGAUGCAGACUUUCCCAGACCUCUACCGGGGCCUCACCGACUGCUGCCUGAAGACCUACUCCCAGGUGGGCUUCCGUGGCUUCUACAAGGGCACCAGCCCCGCACUGAUUGCCAAUAUCGCAGAGAACUCGGUGCUCUUCAUGUGUUACGGCUUCUGCCAGCAGGUGGUCCGCAAAGUGGUUGGAUUGGACAAUCAGGCAAAACUGAGUGACCUCCAGAACGCAACUGCUGGCUCCUUCGCCUCCGCCUUCGCCGCGCUGGUCCUCUGCCCCACAGAGCUUGUCAAGUGCCGGCUCCAGACCAUGUAUGAAAUGGAAUCUUCAGGAAAGAUAGCUGCGAGCCAGAACACAGUUUGGUCAGUGGUGAAAGAAAUCUUUAGGACGGACGGCCCCUUGGGCUUCUACCACGGACUCUCAAGCACUUUACUUCGGGAAGUACCAGGCUACUUCUUAUUCUUCGGUGGCUAUGAACUGAGCAGAUCCUUUUUCGCAUCAGGGAAAUCAAAAGAUGAACUAGGUCCAGUCCCACUGAUGCUAAGUGGUGGAUUUGGUGGAAUUUGCCUGUGGCUGGCUGUGUAUCCAGUGGAUUGUAUCAAAUCUAGAAUCCAAGUUCUUUCUAUGAGUGGCAAACAGACAGGACUAGUCAGAACUUUUCUGAGUAUCGUGAAGAACGAAGGAAUAACGGCCUUGUAUUCUGGACUGAAACCUACUAUGAUCCGAGCCUUCCCCGCCAACGCGGCGCUGUUUUUGGCCUAUGAGUACAGCAGGAAGUUGAUGAUGAGCCAAUUUGAAGCCUACUGAAGUGUCCUGGAUGCCAGGCAGCCUUUAGUUUAGUGACCGUUGUUAACUCAGGGUUUCACGGAGUUACAAGAACAAUGUGGGAUUAUUUGAUGAAUUGGGACAUUUGUCCUCGUCUUCCCUUCUUCUGCUCAGAGUCUUAGACUUGGUGGCUGCUGGUGGCCUUACACAGACUGCCUUCCUCCCAGGACAGAACUUCUGCGGAAGCCAGGGCUACACAUGCAAUUUAGAGGGCCCUAAGUUGAGGAAAACACGUUUGUUCCCACGUCUAGUUGUAAGUGGUGACCAAUGUCUUUGCAGAUGGUUGUAAAUGACUGCCUAACCCAUCCUAGACGUAGGGCCAAAGGCUGCUGAGCCUGUGCACUAAGGGGUUAAAGUUUUUAACUUUUGGGGUACAUUAAAGCUAAAACACCUAUCUAUAUUUUUAGAUAAACUUCUAUGCGUACUUGUGUGGCUUCUACAUUCUUGAUGAAAUUUCAGGAUGGAUAUCCUGGCUUUGUUUUUCCCAUGCUGCUCAACAGUGCCAUUCAUUUUCUAGGUGGGCUGGUUCUUUUGCACUCUGGGGUUGGUAGGAGUGGCCUGGAGUGUUAGUGCUCUGUAGGGCAGCAGAGUACCCACCAGCUUCCCUUCUGACUCAAAGAGCUUCCUCCCCUCGUGCUAGAUUCAUGAUCGACAAGCGGCUGCCCUGCCAUGCUCUCAUGAAAACUGACAGUGGCUCUUACCUGGUCUCAGCAGGAACCCAGGGUGCUCUUCUGGUCCUGGAUAUGGAACCACUCUGAACCCAGUGUCUCUCUGCCUCCACCAAUCAGAGGCCCUUAAGGGGUCGGAGACGAAGUCUGGGCUCCCUGCUAGUCACGGAGAAGGCCGAAGGAGCUCACUAAUUAGGCACCUCAGCAUAAGUAUAUCAGGGCUCACCCUCCUGAAGUUCGCCCUGGGGCCCAUAACUCCUUGAUUUGCCUCUACAUUUGGAGCUGGCGGUCUGUGAAUUUUUUUUUUUUUCCAGAGCUGAGGACCGACCCCAGGGCCUUGUGCUUGCUAGGCAAGCGCUCUACCACUGAGCUAAAAUCCCCAACCCCUGGUCUGUGUAUUUUAAUGACUGUAGGUGGUGUGUAAAUUGGGAAAGCACCGUGACAUAGUAAGAACAUUUUUAUUAAACUAGGGAAUAUGUAGCAACCAACAUCUUAUUGUCUGCUGUACGUCCAAGACCAGAGGGGCUGACAGUAGGCUUUGUUCCUCCUCUGCCUACAAAGCUGAAGGAAGUCGGCUGACCUUAUUCAUGCCCUCUUGCCACAAUGCCAGCAACACAAGGUCGGGAAAGCAUAGUGCUCCCCAAAAGGAAGGGGUACCCCUCAGCAUCCCUGGGCUGGCACUUUAGGGGAGAACCGUCUGUCUGUCUGCUUUAGUUUUCUCCCUUGUAUGGCCAGUGGCUGCUGAGUGCUGCUUCAACUCAACAGGUCUGGUUUCGAGCGCCGGAGGAUUGGUUGGUUGCCUGCGGGAAGAGGACCGGCCCAAGCCGUCGUCUCCCUUUCUGGUGCCUGAGGUCUAGUUCAUAUUGUCCCUGUUGGCUGUGUGGCUUCUCAUAGUCUGCCCCUUGAAGAUUUGUGGCCUUCUAGAGAAAUAGUGAGAAACAAGGGAAGUGAAAAAUGGAGACCUAAGCAGAAUUUUUUAUUUUUCUGUUGGUUUAAUGUGUGGGUACAAUUGAACUUGAGGCAAAGCCAGAACUUGAGAUAUUUUGUUUAAAGAAAUGAGUACUCUAUCAUUAUUAAAUAAACCUAAUGUGAGUCUGUGAUGAGUUUCAUUUAGAUACAUUACAUUUCUAUUAAGGGCCAAUAGGAAUAUUAAAGAUUUAUGGAUAAUAAACUUCUAGGUGUUGUUUGCA